AUGGCAGGUAGAUUGAACCUUUUGGAGAUGCAGAAUAGUGGGAAACUCCCUUCUCGGCCUAUUAAUCCUAGAGAAACUGUUAAUGAUGUGACAUUGAGAAGUGGUACACGAACUGUGCAACCAGAAGAUGGUGAGAAAAUCAAAGACCCCAAGGGGCCGGUUUUGGAGAAAGAGAUUACUGACUCUUCCCAAACCGAUGAGGUACCUAAAACGAACUCUAAGCCUCUUGUUUCAACUUAUGUUCCUCCUUUACCGUUUCCUGGCAGGUUUGCUAACAAAAAGGUGGAACAAGACAAGGACGACAAGGAGAUUUUAGAUGUACUCAAAAAGAUUCAUGUGAAUAUCCCGCUGAUAGAUGCAAUUAGGCAAGUUCCUAAGUACGCAAGAGUUUUGAAAGACCUAUGCACCAAGAAAAAGCGGCUAACCGGUAAUGAGGUGAUGAGUGUGGGGGAGAACGUUUCUGCUAUCCUCCAAAAGAAACUCCCACCUAAAUGCAAGGAUCCCGGUAGUUUCGAUAUACCUGUUGUGAUCGGUAAUAAAAGGUUUGGAAAAGACAUGCUUGAUUCAGGAGCAUCGAUUAAUGUUAUUCCCGCAUCUAUUUAUGAGUCUUUGAAUUUGGGUCCUUUGAAAGAAACCCGUAUUGUUCUUGAACUAGUUGAUCGUUCUAAUGUUUACCCUAGAGGUAUUAUUGAAGAUGUGCUUGUGCAUGUGAAUCAACUCGUAUUUCCAGCUGAUUUCGUUGUAUUGGAAAUGGAUAAUGGGUCGGAUGCAUCUAUACCGUUGUUAUUGGGGAGGCCUUUCAUGAAAACGACCAAAACCGUUAUUGAUGUUGACAAAGAAACUCUCACUAUGGAAUUUGAUGAUGAAAAUAUUUGCUUCAAUAUUUUUGUAGCAAUGCGGUAUCCUAGAGAUGUUCAUUCGGAUGUCCAUGCCAAUGUCGUAGACGCAGGCCAAGGAGUAGCCAAAGAGUCUACAGUCGAGCUAAAGACGUUAAACUAA